UGGACAUUUUUGGCUUCAACUCCACUAUGCUAACCUAACAGCUUGUUUAGCAAGCUGCAGCCUGCAGCACUAUCUACCCUUAAAUGUGAAGUAGGUUGAAUUUAAAACGUUGCGGAUACAAUAUGUGACAGCCUACGGUUUUAUGGAGUAUUAAAGAGGCUGCAGUCAUGGGCCCAGACACUGCAUCUGUCCCAAAAACAGAAUCCUCAGAGGAAAGUCCAGCCGAAGUUGUCGUGAAGGUAAUCUCAGAAUCAGAUUCCAACGAUGCUUCAACCUCCACUGAGCCUGAGAACUCCAAACAACCGGAGAGCAGCAUUUCAGACAAGUGCUACUCCUGCUCCGUUUGUGGCAAGGCAUUUGACAGACCGUCAAAGCUAGAGAGGCAUAAACCUGUCCACACGAGGAAGCCUAAGGUUGUUCAUCAGUGUCAGCAUUGUGAUAAGAGCUUCACACAACAGGAGAAGCUGAUCCGACAUCAGAAUUGCCACAACAGGACUAACAAGCACCCAUGUCCUGACUGUGGGAAAGUGUUUAACAGGCCUUCAAAGUUAGAGAGACACAAGCGCACCCACUCAAAGAAACCAAAGGUUCCUCAUCAGUGUUCGUACUGCAUGAAGACGUUCAGUAAACUUAAUAAACUUGUCCGUCACAAGCGAAUGCACACUGGGGAGAAACCUUUCACCUGCUCGGUCUGCGGAAAAGGAUUCUCCGAGGCAGGUCACUGCAAAGCACAUGAAAAGACGCAUGAGGAGCAGCCAGAAAAACCUCACUGCUGCGCCGACUGCGGGAUGUGCUUCUUCAAGGCCUCGGAGCUACGUCGGCAUUUCCGCUCCCACACGGGAGAGAAACCUUUCAGAUGCACCCUGUGUGAGAGCUGCUUCUCCCGCUCAGAAGGACUGAAAAGACACAUGAGGAGCCACACAGGGGAAAGACCAUACAAAUGCAUCAUCUGCGCAAAAGGAUUUUAUUCUCGUCAGGAUUUGAAUAUUCACGGAUUGACCCACUCAGGAGAGAAACCACAUCUUUGCCCUGUGUGUGGUAAAGGCUUCUCACAGCUGGGCAAUAUGAAAGAACACGAGCAAAAUGUUCAUAUUAAGUCGGAGAAGUAUAUUUGCAAUGAGUGCGGGGCAACCUUCACACGGUACAAAUCACUGACAAAACAUCAGCGGACACACACGGGGGAAAGACCCUAUCUGUGUCUCACCUGUGGUCGCAGGUUUUCGUGGAGCCAUUCUCUAAGCAGACACAGGAGGACACACACACACAGACAGAUGUCUAUGGAAACAUCCAAGGACAUAGUGAGUUUUGAAGGACCCUCUGAGAAACCUAGCAGUUGAAAAUAGACGUGAAAUCCUAAUAGAAGGACGUUCCAUCAAGAUAUCUUCCUGGAGCCACAGUCAAGCUAGAAUUUACUAAUUUGUAGUCAUUUGUAGUGUAUUGAGAACUAAUUUUGAUGCUUUGUGAUGAUUCACCUUGCUGUUUACUUUUUUAAUUUGUCCACAAAAUAUCUCUUAGGCAUUCUUAGUACAGGGCUUCAGAUUAGCUGUUUAUUAUCCCAAUAUUUUUUAUUGAUCCAAGCUUAUCAAACUGUCUUGGUGGUUACAAUUUAUAUUUUGUUGAUAGGGUAAAGACAGAUCAUGUGACUUUUUAAGUACACUGCUGUAUGUAGUGAAGCUCUCUUCCUUUAUGACAGACUUGGACAUGCCUUUAGAAAGUGCAUAAGAAUAUCUCAUAUCUUGGAACAAAUCCUGUUUGUUAUUAACCAAACUAUCAGUCACAACCAAAGUAGAGUUGCCCUGCCAGAACGCCUGAAACUCUUAUAUGACAUGCAGCCAGACUGAUACUGAAUAAAGGAUAUUAACCAAGUCUCUGCAACUGUAUGAUAAAAUGGUAACUGUAUGUGACUAAAUCGGUCCUAUAUUGAGAGAGAUUUCUGCAGCUGGUAGCAGCAAAACAGGUAACAUUGUAACCACACGAGGCACGUGCACCAAUUUAAAUCCAUGUAAAAUGCUUGUUUCUACCACUGACACACUCAGACAGUUAUUAUAAGUGUCUGACAACUUAAGGAAAGGAUACCUACAGAGAAAGACCCUUUUGUUAAAGAGUAAAACCAUUUUUGUUUAACCAGAAACAACCCAUCAUCAAUUCCACCAGGCUCCAUUUAAUUCUACAGUAAUUUUAGCUUGUACACAGCCAGCAUAUGUCAUACAUCUAACUGGGUGAAUUAAGGGUUUAUUUCGACCAAACCAGAGUUGGUGAUUGUUAGAACAGUUGAAAGACAAAACAA